GCUAAAAUAAAUAAAAUGCAUUUAGAGCAUGUGUCUCCUCCUCCUGUGUCCCUGUGUGCUGUGCUGGGCUUUGUGAAACACUCACCUUUGUCCUGCCACACGCUCUUCUGUGCAGACUUUGGAACCGGCCCGACACACUCACGUCCCUGUGCCUAAUCUCAAGUCAUCUCCGAAGAAGCACCACGCCCGGACCUAUAAAAGAGCCAAGACAGAGGUGCCAGACCCGAGGAACACUCCGACCGUCCGUACGUCUUUUCCCGGAGCUUACAGAGCUAAAGGCCGCCAACAUGAAGCGUGUGGCGGGGACCAAGCUCUGCCUGCUGCUGCUGCUGGGCUCCUACGCGCUGGCCCAAGACGCGGCGAGUCCAGACGAAUCCUGCCGCUUGGCCAGGAGAUUUAAGAACUUCCGGCGCUACGUGUACGACUACGAGGCUUCAGCGGUCAACCUGGUGAAUGGAGUCAGCGAAGAGAAGAGCGGACCCAAAGUCACCUGCAAGGUGGAGGUGGACGUGCCCAGGACCUGUGCUUUCAUCAUGAGGACCACAGACUGUUCCAUGAUGGAGAUUUCUGGUCUGGACUCAAGUGGAAACACGAUCUAUGUGCCUGCAUCUGGAGCUGAGACCUUCAGCGAGGAGAUGGCCAAGAAUCCACUGAUGUUCCAGGUGUCUGACGCGAGCGUGUCCCUGUACCCAGAGGACGACUCCACCCUCAUCGUGAACAUCAAGAGGGGCAUCGUGUCUGCCCUGAUGCUGCCCCCCAGAGAGGAGAGCGCCACCCUGGACAUGCCCACAGUGCACGGACAGUGCUCCUCAGACGUGGUGGAGAAAUCCAGAGACGAGAGCACAUCUGAGGUGACCAUGCGCAGAGACCUGAGCUCCUGUGAGGGGCUCAUCCACAACCAGCACACCAGCCCCCUGGCCCUCAUCUCCGGCAUGAACUUCCCUCUGUCCAAGCUGAUCAGCGCUGAGCAGGUCUGUGACUACACGUUUGACACCCAGAAGAGACACAUGAGCACGGCCUCCUGCACUGAGACACACCUCUUCCUCCCCCUCUCCCACGAAAACAAAUAUGGCAUCUCAACUCAGGUGCACACCUCCAUGAGCCUGAGGGACGUGUCCAAGAUCAAUGACAGAGUCUUUUCUUAUGAUGAGUCGAAGCUGCGCAGCUUGCAGAUGGAGCCAGUGGAAGACAAGUCCCCAGUGCAAACCACAGACACUUCCCUGGACCUCUUCAGAGUGCUGGUGGCCCUCAAAGACCUGAACAGAGACGAAACACGUGCCCCCCUCUUCCGCCGCCUGGUGCUGGAGCUCCGUGGUCUGAAGGCUGAGAGUGCCAGGGCUGCUGCCCUCGAGAUGUUUGACUUGUCCAAAAGAAUGACCUUCCAGGCUCUGGUUCAGUGUGGAACCCCCGACUGCCUGAGCGCAGUGCUGAAGGUGCUGAGGACCUACCCCCACGAGGCCUACGAGGUGGACGCCGUGGUCAUGGGCCUGGGGAUGCUGCCCCGCCCCUCACGCCAACUACUCGCCGACCUGCUGGAGAUGGCCAAGUACAAACAGAGCAAAGCGAUCAUGUACACCCUGGGGAACGCAGCGAUGAAACUGGCCCGUGCUGAAGGGUCCAGCGUGCCUGAGGUCACUGCAGUCAGUGAGUUUUUCAUGUCCAUCCUGGGAGCAGACUGUUCUGGAGACAAGGAGCUCACCUUCCUCACACUCAGGGUUGUUGGAAACAUGGGAGCUGUUCUGGAGGAAGUUGACUCGUCCAUUAAAGGGACUCUGCUCAAGUGCAUGAGACAGCCAGCCACCACUCUGUCUGUGCAGCUGGCCGCCAUCCAGGCCUUCAGACGCAUGACCAUCACAGACGAGGUGCGCUCUAACCUGCAGCGGGUGAGCCAGUAUCCCAAGGGUGCUGUGCAGAAGCGUCUGGCUGCCUACCUGAUGCUGAUGAGGAGCUACGAGGACAGUGAUGUGGAGAUGGUGAAGAGGCUGCUAGAGAAAGAACAGAACCCCCAGGUCAAGGCCUUCAUCGUCUCUCACCUGUACAACAUCCUGACGUCAGAAGAGCAGAGUCUGCAGGAGUUGCGUUCCAAGCUGGAGGAGGCACUGACGGACAUUGUGGUCGCCCCUCCUGGUCUACAGAUGUCCAAUUCUCAGAACUUCAGAUUGCCCGGUGUCCAGGGAAACCUCAUCUUUGACGUCAACAGCCAGCUGCCCCGUGAGGUCCUCCUGGAGACCACACUGGAUGCCUUUGGAUACAAGAUGGACGUUUUUGAGCUGGGUAUGGAAGGCAAAGGUUUCGAGCCCACAGUGGAGGCUCUGUUCGGGAAGAAUGGCUUUUUCCCCGAUACCAUCUCCAAAGCUCUGUACUGGAGCGAGGACAAGAUGCCCCCUAAAGUGCAGGAGAUGUUCAGCAAGUGGACAGCGCCGUUCAAAGUGGAGGGACAACAGGUGUCAGAGGAUCUGAUCAGAGAAAUUGUGCGUAACUUUAACAAGCUGCUGAAGGACCUCCAGAGCGCUGAGGCCCCAGACGCCAUGGCCUACCUCCGCCUCUUGGGCACCGAGCUGGGCUACAUCAAGACCAACGAGCUGGAGUCUAUGGCCCAGAACAUCCGCAUGUACGCUGAGAUCUUCUCCUACCUGUUACCACGAGAAGAGAUUUUGUCCUUCCUGAACGGAAACAAUGAACUGUUUGCCCACUACAUGUUCAUGGACAACAAGUUCACUGUUCCCACUGCCUCUGGUCUGCCCCUGAGCUUUCACCUGACGGGCACCUUCACCCCCGGCAUCAAGGGAAGAGUCACCUUUGACCCUGCAACGAAGGGGCUGUGGUUCAGGCCCUCUGCUGGACUGGAGGUCAUGACGCAGAUGGGCGUGCACGUGCCUGAGAUGGUGAGAUCUUCUGUGGAGAUGACCACCGAGCUUUUCCACGAAAGCUCCUUCAAUGCCAGGAUCACCAUGCAGCCAGGCCAGCUCAACCUGCACAUGUCUGCGCCCAGAGACAAGAUCAAGCUCCUGCACGUCAAGAAUGAUGUGAAGAUCCUUGGUCUGAACAAAAUCUCUGUGAUCAAGCCGACGUACUCGGCGCUGAACUGCCAGACCCAGAUGCCUGGGAUGAAGCUGUGCUACACUGAGUAUGGAGCCGACUUUUUCCUGAACGAAGCCGCAAGUUAUACGUUGGACAUCGUACCAUUGGGUGAAGAUGCUGAAUACACCGCCAGCAUCAGCUACAACCUCGUGAAUGAAGGAAAAGAAGGCCGCCACAAAGUGGACACAGUCAGCGUAGCCCUGAGAGUUACGGGCGAAGCUGAGCCCAUGGAGGCCCUUCUCCUACUCAAGUACAACAGGAACAAGAACGUGCUGAGCUCCCAGCUGCAGAUCCCAGACCUGGAUGUGGAAACCGGAGUGAGGCUGGGCAUGAGCGACAGCAGCUCCAGAGGAAAAACCCUGACGCUGGAAGUGUCCAACCACAAUGUGCCCCAGCUGUCCCUGAUCGCACGCGCCAAGGUGCAGGGCAUGACAGAGGGGCUGGCACAGGUGCAGCUGGUUGUGCCCUCCCUCAGCACGGACGCCUCCCUCACGGCCACCAUGCGCCGGACCAGCGGGUUGAUCUUGGAGCUCAGCACUGACAUCAAGCUGCCAGAGACCACCUCCACCCAGAGCAUCACCUUCAAUUACGGAGAGGAGCAGGCAAAUGUGAAGCUAAUGUCCAGAGUGAACGCAGAGACCAAGGUGCUGGUGGACUACAGUAAAGCUGCCCGGGACUGGCUCCAGCUGUUUGUGAGCGACGUCAUGGACCAGAGAGUGGUCAACACAGACAUGAAAUUGAGACACAUCAUCAGCAAGGGCCUGGAGGCCGGUAAUAUCUGGAAGGACAAGAUCAUCAGCAACUCUCCCUAUGUGGAGGAGAUAUUGGAAAACAUAUACGCAAAAAUGGAAAUGCCUGAAAACCUGUUCAUGAACUUUGAAAGCGACCUGAUAUACAACUUCAACCAAGACUCCAUGAUUCUCUACCUCCCAGUGCCUUUUGGCGGCAAGUCUUCAGAGGAGCUUCGCAUCCCAGCCACAGUGACCAUCCCUCGCAUUAACAUCCCCCAGAUCAACGUGGACUUCAGCUCCAAGGACAUCCCCCUCCCCACCUUCACCAUGCCAACCGAGUAUGAGCUCCUGGUCCCCCUUAUGGGCAAAAUGGAAAUGACAAGCAAAUUGGAGAGCAACCUGUACAACUGGAAGGCUGAGGUUUCUGUGGGCAACUACACCGAGGAGUCCCCCAGUUACAAGGCCCAAUACACCAUCAUGGGAGAGGGCCCCAUCCCCCUGCUGUCCUUCUCUAAUGCUGGAGCUGCCGAGCUCUUUGAGGAAUUCAAUGGCGUCACCACAUCCCUGUCAUUCGCUUUGAAGCAUGAACUCCUCCGCUCUGAAAUAAAUAUCCGCAACAACUUUGGCAUCGCUGACAACAUCUGGUCUGGAGGCAGGAUCACCAUGACCGCCAAAGCCCCAGGAGUUGAUACUUCAAUGAGCGCCUCCACACAGUUCACCCUCACACCCGUCAUGCUUUCUGCAGACAUGAAUUCUGACUCUAGCGUAACCGUCGGACCAAUCGAAGCCACCUGCACAUCCCAGAAUACCUUCUCCUUUGAGCCGGCUAAGAGGGAAGCUAAAGCCGAAAGCACUGUCAGGAUCAACUCUGACAUUGUGAAGCUAGCCAACAAAAUCAAGAUGUCCUACGCUAACAAUGAGCUGAUCAUGGACUCAAACACCAACAUGAACAGCGAGCCACUCAAGCAUACCACCAAAAUCAGCGUAGUGUACAAGGACGUUAACCUUAUCAUUAAGUCCGAAUCUGUGACCAAAGCUAGUGAGGAGAAAAUGCUGCGUAGUCAGAUGGAGUUGCUCGCAUCUAAAGAGCAAGUGUCAUUGAAAAUGGAAAACCAAGCUGAUGAUUCUUCAAACCGUGCUUACUCCCUGCUCACCGGCUCCCUAACCCCAUCCGGUUUGGAGGUCAACUCAGAUGCUUCGGUUAACGUCUUCUCCAGCCUGGCCUCUCACAAAGCUACCCUGACCUUUGAUAGCACAGGCCUGACCACUAGCUGCACCACCACUGCCCAAGUUGCCCCUCUCACUUUUGAAAAUGUCUUCCAUGCAGGAGCAGACUCUGCUGGGGCUACAAUGUCUCUUUCAACCAAAGGAGGCAUCAGAGAGAACAAGGCUGAGCUGAAUGUUGAGGGAAAAAUCGCAAGCUCCGAAGUCUACCUUAACAGCAUUAUGAAGGGCAAUGUCUUCGACCUAAACGGAAGGAACAGAGUGAACUUGAGGCUGAACGAAGAUGGUCUGAUUGCCUCAAACAACAUGGUGGCCUCUUUCAACGAAAUCAGCACCAAGAACUCCCACACUCUGUCUCUCACCAUGAAGUCUCUCACUCUCCAAUCCAAGACGGACAACUUCCUGAACAGUGAAAACACCUACAUGCAUGAUAUUACGGUCAAUGUCGAGCGCUUCUCCACUAAUGGCAUCAUGAAAAAUGAGAUGAAGAUUGUCAACAUAAACUUCAUCAACGAUGCACAGUUCAAAGCAGAGCCCUACAACAUGGAGUUGAUUGGUACAACUACAGGCAGAUACAAUGACGAGGAAAUGCGCCAUACCUACGAACUCAAGUUUGUUGAGAUGAGCUUGUCAGCCAAAUAUAACACCAACGGCAAACUGCUGGAGCACCACGUCACACACGCUGCUGAUCUGGAGAUUUCUGGUCUGACUAUGAAGUUCAACGAUGCUGCUACCAUAAACUCCCCAAUCCUGCGCUUCGACAGCACCUUCAAAUCCAGCGCAGCACCCUUCAUGCUGAACGUUGAUGCCAUCUGCAACUCCAAUGUCGAUUACAACUUCUACGGGGAGAAAAACGCCCAAAUGUAUGGCAAAUUUUUGAUGAAAGCCGAGCCACUGAUGUUUACCCAUGCUUUGGAACACAGAGCCUCUGCCAACAUGAAAAACACACAGGGAGAACUGACCGUCCAGGCCAGCAUGGACAAUAAGUUUGAUAGCUUGGUCACACUGAAAGAGCAAAGUGUCAACCUGAAAAUUACAUCCAAUGUGAAUGAGCACACUUUCAAUCAUGAAUUAAAUGCCUUCAACAACGCAGAGAAAGUUGGUGUUGAGAUGACCAAUGCUGCAUCUACGUCACUAUUAGCUGAGAAAAACAGAGACUAUAGCCUUUCUGGUUUCGUGGUCUAUGAGAAGAAUGGAGAAAGCCACAUCAUGAUCCCUUUCAUUGAGUAUUUGCCAGCAGUGGUUGAAAACAUCAGAAACGCAAUGAUUAGCAUUAUGGACCGAGGCAUCAAUGGCGUGAAAGACCUUGACAACAAGUACCAAAUUAGCACAAGACUUCACAGGAAAAUCACAGAGCUGAAAGAGGUCAUUGACAACUUUGAUGCAAACCUUUUUGUCCAAGAUAUCAAGAAGUUCCUCAGCUCCAUCGAAAGCUCAAUCACCAAUCUGACCUCCAAGUUCCCCAAGGACAAAGUUGUGGCUAUGCUGAAAUCCGUCAAGGAGAUGAUCAUGACUUGGAUGAAGAAAUACAACCUGGUCGAGAGGUUCAACAUCUUAUAUGGCAAAAUGGAGGAGAUCUUGUCCAAUUAUGAAGUGGAGAAAAUGAUUGGUGCUUUUAUGGAUGAAUUGGUAAAGAUCAUGAAGCAGUACCAAGUGCGGGAGAAAAUUCAAACCAUCUUCACUGCUGUUAAGUCCAUCGACAUCAAGCCAGUCAUCAGUAGAGUGAUGCUGCCAGUUCAGGGUUUGUUAGAGGAACUGUACGCUGUUGACUUCAAGCAAUUUAUCGAAGAUAUUAGCGACUUUGUCUUGAGAAUGCUGCAGAAUGUCAGAUCUUUUGACUAUGAGACACUGUCCAGAGAGGUGACCGAGACCCUGAAAGAGAUGAGCGCUGUUCCAUGUCUAGGAAAGCUGUUGGGAGAAGUCAAAGUGGUUUCCCCGCAUUACAAGAUGAAGACCAAUAUCAACUUUGAGAAUAACACAGUUAGCUCAGACACCCCAGACUUCCUGUUCAGCCUUAAAUCGAAUGCUGAGUCCAUACUGAAACCACUUGAAUACACUCUUGAUGCCUCUGCUAAUAUCGGCCUGCCAAGAAUGAGCCAUUUGACUGCUGCUGAAAGCAUCAAGUUCGACCAUUAUGCAUUUGAGCUGGACUACCAAGCUUCCGCAAGUAUCUACAGGCACUCUGCUUUGGCAUCUGCUGAAACAACUGCAAAGGCUGACACUGAGCUGUACAAGGGAGAGUUCAUCAACAAAGCUUCCCUCACCAUGGAGAGUGGUGUCUCUUCCAAAAUGGAGACCAACUACAAACAAGACGUUCGAUUCCCACCUCUUAGAAUCUUCACCGACAUGGUCCUGAACCAAAUUACAACUCUGGAGAUACAGGAUGGCAGUGCUACUUUGAGACUGGAGAAUGCUGCUGAUGGUAAAGUGAACAGUGAUGAGGCCAACCAUAAGUCCGACAUGGAAGUUGUUUUUGAUCUCCAUACGGCUAAGAUCUCCUUCAGUGGAGCUACCGGUGCUAACAGCAUUAAAGUUAUUGAGAAACUGAACGCAGACAUUUGCAUCUUCCGACACCUUAUCCUUGAUGCAAAGAUGGAAACUGAAGCACCAUUCAUUAAAAACAAUGUCGCAGAGGUUAAAUUCCAGGCAAAGGCCGAGGACAUGAGCAUUGACUUCACCGCCUCCCACAAUGCAGAGCUUGUUGGUGAAAUUGAAGGAAAGCUUAUUAAAUUGAUCAUAUCCUUGGUCAUUCCAGAUGAUGUCGUCGAACCUUGGAAGCUCUCAGGCAAAGCAGAUCUCCAAAAUGUCUUAUCUCUUGCCCUGAACCCGAUGGAGCAGAGGGCUAGCUGGACAAGCCUGGCUCGAUUCAACCAGUACAAAUACUCCCAUCUGUUUAACAUGGAAAACAUAGAGAGAGAAAUAAACAUUGUGUACGAAAUCAAUGGAGAGGCCAAUCUGGAUGUGCUAAAAAAACGAGUUACUAUCCCUGAAAUUGAACUGCCAUAUUUGGAUAUCACUAUCCCGAGAAUGGACGACGUUUCUCUGUGGGAGGAUGCAGGUCUCGGCGAUUUCUUUAUCACCACCCAGCAAACUCUUGACGUCAACGGCAAUUUGAAGUACGCGAAAAACCCAGACAUGAUCAUCAUCAAUGUGGAACCUGUCAUCAAUGCCAUCAACAGGAACACCAGAGCUUUCCACAAAUACAUGCUUAUAGGAAAAGACAAAGCCGCUACCCUUCUUGCUCAAACUUAUGGUAAAGCAAGAGAUGAGUAUGAGAAGUACAGUAUGGAGCUGCCUAAGACAAUCACGAUCCCAGCACACAGGAUCCCAGUCGUAAAUGUUGAAAUGUCCACCUACACCAUCCCUCUGCCUGAUGCUACCUUGGUCAAAAUGCCAUCUUUCCACAUUCCGUCUGCUCUGAGCAAACUGACCUUCCCCAAAGUUACCCUGCCAGAAAUUAACAGCAUCAAGAUCCCACGUUUGGGAGACAUGACAUACGAGUUCUCCAUGAAGACUGCAAUGCUGACACUCAAAACUAACGCUGGCCUUGACAACACUGAAGAAGCUGUGACCAUGAAGCUGGAUGCUACCGCAACGUCUGAGUUUGAGAUACUCAAUGGAAAUCUUGACACCACUGUUGUUAUCAAGACCAACGAUGCGCUGAAGAUGAAUUCCAAUAUGGCAGCAAGGCACGCUAUGGUAGAGUUCAACCACAACAACGCUAUCAUCCUUUAUCCCACCGUGGAACUUGAAAUGACCAACUCCUUGAUGCUUCUAACGUCCUACAACCUUGAGCAGUCCGUGCAGGUCAACAGAAACAAUGGUCUGCUGGUUUCCCUGUCCAAUCCAUCCGGACUCAUCGGAGCUCAGAUCAGUCCCAGAUCCCUGACUGCUGUGAAGGCUAGAGUCUACGGACGCUACCCGUCUGAAGAUGACACUGACAUCGUGGCCCUCGAGCUGUCUGUGGGCAAGAGCCUGAACAUCCAGGCCAACUGGAACAUGGAGAUACCUUAUGAUACCAUGCUUGCGAUUCAAGAUGAAAUGCCAAGUAUAAACACCUAUGUCCAUGCUGGUGGUAAUCUUUAUAGAAAUGUGCAGCGCCAAGCAGCCAAAGUUAGCAAGACUGUGGCUAAGUCCUUUGAGAAAGCUAAAGACGAGGGUGUAGCGAUGUUCAGACAGACCAUUGAAACCGUCUCUGCUAUGGAACCCUAUGAAUACAUGACAACCUUUGCAGAUGAUGCUAUUUUGAGCCUCAGAACUUGCCGUACCAGAGUCACCAUGAUUUUAGAUGCUGUUGUGAAAUUCCUUGGAGAAACCAAAUUCCAACUUCCUGGUUAUACUGAGAAAGUUACCGGACUCGAACUGUACAAAAUUGGUGCAAAAUUUGUCUCUGAUGUCUCCAAAGAAGCUAUCGAUAGGAUUCCAAAUUACAUCACCUCAGUGUUCACUCCAGUAAUUGAGUAUUUUAAAACAAUAGAAUUCCAGUUUUCUAACCAUAUUGUAAGAGGCAGUGAGAUUCUGGAAGACUUUACCGUAUUUCUUAGCAGACUGCAGGAACAAGUUAAAAUCAUUGUUAACAAAAUCGCCAAUUACCCACUUGAGGAAAUCUUCAAACAUAUAAAUUCUCUUUCACAAUUUGUUACUCUGCAAGCCGAAAAUGUUGUCGAAAUGUUCCGAUCUGUAGACGUGGACCGAAUGACCAAUUUCCUUAACGAGGUUUAUGAAGAUGUGGUUAAUUCCCAGGUUUUGAAAAAUAUCAUAAAACAGUUAGAGACAGUAUACUUGAUUAUGUGGGAGUACAGCAGAACAGUUCAAACAAGAUUCCAAAACAUGAUGGAUGACUUUUCCACUGAUCAAUUUAAAAAGGACAUCGACACUAACAUCAACAGAAUGGUCAAAAGUAUGAAUGCCUUCCAAAAUAAUAUCAUUGAAACUUUAAAAGAAGAAACUAGCUCCAUAGACAGAUAUGUUAAAAUGGGUGACAGAAAUAUGGAAAUUGACAUACCUUUCCCAUUUGUGAACUGAGUGACCUCCAACUGUGAUGCUGUAGAAUCCAACAUGGCAUCUGGGCAUUGGCAGUAACGUUGUAUGUUGAUAAAGCUUAAAGUGUUAACUCCUUUUUUAAAUGUUUAAUUGUUUUGUUCUCAGUAUGCAGUGGUAGCGGUCACAUUUGUGUCUUGUAUUAUUUAAAAAAACAAUGUGUGUGAUCAAUAAAGGGUUUGUACUG